AUGUUUAGCUCGACUUCCACUAUUACCCCUCGGCGACUCGGCAGCGCCGGCCCUGGCGGCGACGAUGCCUCAGCCUUGCGCGUCAUGCCUUCAACCGGUGAUCCUACUGACGAAGUACGCGCCUCGCUCGCCAGCCUCACGGCGCGGGCACAGAGGCUCGUUGCGGAAAGAAAUGCUGAGCAGCUCCUGCGCAACGGGUUUGGCCUUUUCGAGGCCUCCCGCAAGGCUGCCGAAAAGGCGCGGCACCAGGCGAGCAAAUGCCAGUCCACUAGCGAGGGCUAUGCUCCAGCCACUCACGCGUCAGUGGAAUUGUUCAUGACUCAGCACCUUGGGUUUGAUGCUCAAGCGCAGCAGCGUCUGCUGCUGCAGCUGCAGCACCGCCACGCUCAGCUCGGUGUGGAUCUCGGCCCGAUCGACGCCCUGCCGGGCACCGAGGCCUCGGGCUUUAUGGGGAUCGCGGACGUGGACGCGGUGGUGGCAGAGCUGAAGAAUGAUAUCUUGCUCGACGUCCAGCACGCUGUGCACCGACGUCAAACAAGCAUCGUGCGGGACCAGGUCGACACUCUCUUCAAGGCUGCAUGGCAUCCCUUCUACGUGCGCAUCGCGGACGACUACGAGGCGCUGGCCAUGGGGGCAAGCGAGCUCGCCUGUGGGAAGGCAGGACCCAGUGGUCGCCUGUCCGCCACGGACACUGCCGCCUCGUCCGCACACACAUUUGCCGGCGCAGGCAGCGGAGCUAGCAAGUCGCUGGUGGACAUACUCAACAGCGGCUCUGCGCUGGCCACCGAACUGAACCACCGCAUUGCCGCCUUUGCCGCCAUUGUUGAGGAGUACGCACCGGCGCAGUGGGUAACGCACUUCACCGCCUACGUCACGGAGACGUCUCUGAACGGGAGGGAUGACUUGACAGUGCUGUGGGCGUCCAUUGUGCAGAUUAUCGAACCAAUGCAGCGGCGUGGCUCGGAGGUCGACAUCCUGUCUUACGUGGCCAGCAGUCGUCGCGUGAUGGAGCGCAAGUCACUGAGUCGGCUUCUGGAGCGGAUGUUGCGCAUGGACCCCAUACGCUUCGAGGAGGUGGAGAACUUGAGCGCGUCGCACCUGCUGGACAUAAUCGCGCGCUCGUGCGGUGCGACAAACCACUGGAUGCAUGCGUUUGUCGCGAUGCGUGUGGGUCGCUACGAUGUGGCGCAACUGGCGACGGAUGCUAUAGGAAUUCAGUCCGUGCGCGAUGCGGUGGCGAAGGUGGCCGCAGCACCUCCUGCCGAGCGCAACACCAUGCCUCCCGCGUCCGAUCUUCAGCCUGUCUACGCCGAAGCGAAAACAAAGGAAGACCCAUAUCGGCAGGCCGUACUGAUUGUUCUGCUUGCUGGCCGCACGGGUGAAAACCCAGCAGUUGUCCUGCGAACCCUGCUGAACCUAGCACAAAGGGUGACGGACUCGCUAGAAGAUGCGUUGUGGCUGCGACUCUCGUGCAUUCGCGGCGUAGACAAGUCAGCGCAGGUUUCCCCCGUUCAGAGCCUCCGCACGCUUCAGCGUGCAGUUCUUGAUGAUAUGCAGGAGCUUGUAAGCAUCACGCAGGGCAACGCGUACCGUCUGGCAUCUUUUUUUAUUCACGCCUUGCUUCCCUCGACCGGUCUGCGUCUGCUGUUAGAAAACAGCAUUACCCAUGUAGACGGCUUUCACAUGACGCUGUGCUUCAACGCGCAGAACCUCUUGCAAGGUAGGUUGCACUCUGCACUCGAGGCUCCAAUCGAUAUUGCUCGUCACAUGAGCCGCUACUGCUCGGUGGUGUUGCUGGACGUCGAUCGCCGCAUUCGUGCCACCGUCUUUGCAGGGACGGCGAUGUUCGCCUAUUUCCACAAAAGCGGUCUCACGGAGGCAUUUGUGGAGUGCUGCUUGAAGGACCUCAUUUGCGCGCGGCUGCUGGGCCCGCGCAACACUGUGGGCGGGCACGAUUCACUGCUGCUGCGAGCCGGCACCGGUGCGCUUUCAGAGGAACUCCUAAAGGCACUCAUCCAAGUCGCGGAGGCCGCUUCGGCUCGUAGCGAGGUUGCGAAAGCUACUCACGUGCUGCUGGCGGUCGCUUGCCUCGCGAACCAGCUUCACCGACCAGAGCUACAGCAGCGGGCUCUACGGCGCGCAGUGCAGAUAAUGUCCCCUGCUCUGGCACAAGUGCUGCAUCUUCCAUCGCGCAGCAGCGUUGUGUCAGACGUCUUGUCGCAGGCGGCGCAACUGCAGCAGGCAGUGAACGCUGUCCCGCAUCAUCUGCAUGACGAGGCCGUCGGCGCACAGGACUACCAAACGUUUGCGCAGCUGUGCCGCAUGGCGGACGUGUAUGCCUUUAAUGUCAACGGCAACGUUAGCGACGCCGUGGAUACAUUCCUGCAGCUGCCAUUUGUGCCGCCACCAAACACUGCCGUGACGGGAGGUGUGGACGCCUACGUUGAAGCGUACUGCAAUGCGCCUGGAAGCGUGCAACUAGGCGCAAGUGCCGCGCUACGGGUUGCCAUCUCAGCAGCAGGGCAACUUCUUCAGUACUACGCACGCAACAGCACCGGAGACAGUGCUGACGUCGAUGACAAGAGACUCCGCCUGCUACACCGAAUGCAAACCGUGCUUGAGUGGGCUCGUCAGUGCUGCGCGCGGACCAGUGUUGCAUACCCGGCCGUCGCAGAGGAAUUCGAACGCGCGUAUCUCUGCUGA